CAGUUCCAUUUCGUCAAUUCAUCCAUCCCACUUGGAGAUUAGAUUCUGAUUACGAUUGUUGGAUCUCGAGCAAUACGAGUUCAUCUCAAAAUACCUAACAACUCACGGUUCAACAAGAGGAGCAGUUUGGCUCUAUUCUAAUUUCUUUGUUGGCAAGGAAUUCAAUUCACAGCAGCACCACCGGCCGAAGAAGGCGCCUCGCAUCGACAGACUCCCACUAUCCAUUACGCCGCGCCCCGAACAAGGACAGCCAGCCACACGAAGCAAGGGCGACCGAUUCGCCGACUUGACACUUUGCCCUCUUUUUCUCUUAGUCUUGAUUGAUAUAAACACUCAUCCUCAAUUAUCGCCACGAUGCCAAACGCCGGGCUCAAGACCAUAAUAGCGCUAUCGUUCGUGCUGGCGGUUGGCUUCCUCCUCGUCAUCCUAUCAUGCGCCCUCUGGAAGGUCUACUACCCGCUGCUCGUCGUCGCCACAUAUGUCUUGGCGCCCGUUCCCAACUGGAUAGCUAGGUCCUGUUCAAAUCCGGACGAUUUCGUCGAGUCUUCGGGCGGCGCGGCGCUCGACCUGGGGAGGUUCUGCACUGGUUUCUUGGUCGUUAUGGGAAUUGCCCUCCCAAUCGUGCUGGCCCAUGCGCACAUGAUCAACGCUGGCGCCUUGGUUAUGUCUGUGGCCGGAGGCCUUCUAAUUUACGGCACCGUCAUAAGCUUCGGCAUGUUUUUCACCGAGGAGCAAGAAUUCUAGAAUGCUAGGCCGUGUGUCGAUGUUAUAUAUAGUUGAGGGGAACCAAGGAUAAGCAGGGCUGGGGUUUGGCGGCGGAACAGUGCUUCUGAUGCGCGACACCAGCUCAGCUUGCGAGCCUCGUCGUCGAGAUUGGUGAUGAUGUUAAAACUCGCAUAAUCUUUUUCUCCUGCAGUUUUGAUUAUUUGUUGCAUUAUGCACUUCAGGGACAAUACGUCCUUGCCCAUCUCCUUUGUAACUUGUAUCAUGGAUGUAAGCAGCGAAUCAUGGAAGGCUAGUGUGGUACCUCGGCGUUUCAAUUAUCUUUGAUGUUAUUUGCUGUUCUAUUUCAAAGAACUGGCCGCAAUGUUGAUGCCUUGUAUUCAUGGUUGACAGGUCAUCAUGAAAAGCUCGCAAAGCCUGAAAGGAAUGCAAGGGUUGAAGUAUAACUCGUGUACUUGAUAUGGAUAUAAGAAAACAAUUCAAAGUAACAAACGUA